ACAAAAUAAGAAAAAAAAUUAGGAUUCAAAGCCGUAAGAAAGAGUCUAAUUAUGGGCUUAAUAGGGCUCCUAGGAUAGCCCGACCUUUCUGGUCAGUCCGUUAUAACUCAACUUUAUUAGCAGAAGAAAAUGAAGGAGAUGGUUGGUGGCUGCUGCGUAUGCGGCGACGAACGAGGAUGGACGGAAAACCCGUUAGUUUACUGCGAUGGUCACGGUUGUAAUGUAGCCGUGCACCAAGCGUGUUAUGGCAUUGUGGCUGUACCGACUGGGCCUUGGUUCUGUCGGAAAUGUGAAUCUCAGGAAAGAGCAGCCCGUGUGAGAUGUGAGUUAUGCCCUCAAAGAGAAGGAGCGUUAAAAAGAACUGACAAUGGAAGUUGGGCACAUGUUGUGUGUGCUCUGUAUAUUCCUGAGGUGUGCUUUGGUAAUGUGUCAACCAUGGAACCAAUCCUACUGGCAAUGAUACCGCAUGAGAGAUAUAACAAGUCGUGUUUCUUGUGUGAGACGAAGGGCAGGGAAUCCAAGGCAACUUCUGGAUGUUGUAUGACGUGCAAUCGAAAUGGCUGUAGGCAAUCCUUUCAUGUUACAUGUGCACAACAAGAGGGUUUGUUAUGUGAGGAAGCUGGGCAGCACAAUGACAAUGUCAAGUACACUGGCUACUGCAACUAUCAUUACCAAAAAUUAAAGAAAGACAAAGAUAUCAAGACGAUACCACCUUUCAGACCUUGUGGAACCAACUACACCCCUGAGAAAGAGAAGCCUCUGAAUGAUAGACCUUCUGAUAAGACAAAGGCAGACCUCAAGGAGAGGCAUCGCAGAUCGGAAAAGAAACCCAGAACAUUUGAAGUGUGCUCCGUGUAUAACGCCAAAGACAAUAAUGACAGUAGCACAAACUCGGCCGGUGGGAACUCGACGGGCCACAGUGCAAAGUUCACCAAUGCAAAUUUCACUGAGACGACGAUCGUCCCUACGACGUCAAUAUCAGAGGUGGAAACGACAGCCACUCCAAGUGGGGGUGAUAGCUCACUCAUCCUCAAGUUUAGAAGGAAUACAGUAACUUCUGGAAAUGGACAGAAGAGUAAGAAGGAAGGGAAGGGUAAAGGAAGUGGUACCGACUCUGGGCAGGGGGGAACCACCGUGGAGGAACCAAGCGGUGAGACAGGAGAGGUGAAUUCAGUGACGGAAGAGCGGACCCAAUCCCCGGAUCCAAUCCCCGUUGAAAGUGCACCCACAAAUAGCAAAAGCUCCAAAAGUCGGAAAUCGGCUUCGCGUGAACCUUCGCGCACCCCAACUCCAUCGCGCACCCCAACUCCAUCAUCAUCAGUUUCAACUGCGCCUUUGGUGAUAACUGAAACAGUGAUGGUCAAAGACUUGCCUCCUGCUGUUGAGCCGGAAAUAGCGGUGGCCGAUACUGAUAGUGGGACACCCGUCAGUAGCAGCUCAACGUCCGGUGCACCUGGCAGCACCAGCACCAUGGUGGAUGUGGAGAAAGUGAGUUCUCCGUCGACAUCUCCGGCGCUCGACGUGAAAAGCAUUGACGUCAAGAAGCCGAUCAUUGAGGAGGAUCGCAAGGACAAGCAGACGAUCCUAGGAAGUGGGAGUGAGAAGCAUGAGAAGAAGAAGCACAGGAGACAGAGCAAGGAAUCCAAGAGUUCCAGGAGCCACAGGGAACAUCCUGGAGACGAUGACUACGGCAGCAAAAAGCGCAGGAGAACAAGUGGCUCAUCCACAGGGAAUCCUAUGUCUAGAGACAUGGGUAUCUACUCUUUUGGGCAGAGAGGUGUCCUUGCACAGGGCUUGUCACCGCUGGGAGAUGGGUCUCCAGGCACGAAGAUUGCCACGCCCAAUCCUGAUGAACUGGCCAUACAUGAUGUGUUUAGUACUGCUAAUCAGAGCGGACUUCUGAUUGGGCCACCCAGACCAGGAGCUGGGAGGCAAAGCCAACACAAUUCAACUGGACCUGCAAUGCCAGCCACCAUGGAGCAGCUACUGGAGAGACAGUGGGAUCAGAGUUCAGAAUUCUUAAUGCAGCAGUCAUCACAUCUAGACAAUUUGGACAGAGUUGACGGGGUGUGGGACAGAAGACCUGAGGGUCAUGUUGCAUCGUUACUCUCUUGCCUGCACCAGCUACGGCAAGAGAACCUCCGCCUGGAGCAGCACAUCAGCACCCUGGUCCAGCGUCGGGACCACCUCCUUGCCGUCAAUGCCCGUCUCUCCCUGCCCCUCACCCAGGGGGGCGCCAUAGCCAAUGCCAUGGGGCUGGGGCUGGGGGUGGGGGCAGGAGGGGACAACAGCCCAGCAGGGUCGGCUGGCAGUGGAUCCAACUCCAGGAGUCCUAGGUUCAACAAUAUCCUGCACAACGCACAGGGCCAGGAUUUAAUAAGUAGCUAUGGCAGCAGUCACAGCUUAAAUCAAUCCCUCAACCAAUCAUCCAUCAGCCUGGGUGGUAGCCCCGCCCAUGCCCAGUCCCACAGCCAAUCGCCCAGCUCCUCUCUCAACCAGUCCCACCCAUCCCACUCAUCCCUAACCAAUCACAUCAGCCAGCUAACCUCCACCCCAGUCAGCAGCCUGAACCACUCUGCUGGAGGUGUUUCCCUGUCUCUCACACCCACCUCGACGGCGACCACAACCACCGCAAGCGGUAGCGUACCGCUUGGAGCCGCCGGUCAUGGCGCCAGUCAUAGCAGCGCACUCUUAUCUGGUGCCAGGUUGCCGGUGACGGGGCUACCUCCAGGCCAUCCGAUGGGUACGGAAGCCAUGUCUACAGGGGGGCAGCAUCUGCACCCCGGUCAUGGGGUCCGAUCCUCCCCCAGCAGUCAUCUCAUGAGUGUCAAUCACAGCAGAUCAAGUCCAGUUCCAGUGAGGACAACACCCAGCAGAGGGCAGAACCAUGGAGGAGGAGGAGGAGGAGGAGGAGGAGUGGGAAGGUCGAAAGCCUCUGGAGGAAGAGUAGGAAGCGGAACAGGGGCCAGGUCAUCACCGGGAACAGGGGGAAGCAUCUCAGCAGGCACCCCGAUCUCAAGACCUUCAGACGGAUCUAGUGACAUAGCCAGUAUCAUCAGGGAGAAGCAGGGGUCAGCAGCAGGGGGCAAGGAUAGUGGGUCAUCCUUGUCGUCAUCGGCAACGGCAGGGCAUGGGAUGGGUAUGUACCACGCCCACCAAGUCCAGCAGCAGCAGCAACAACAACAGCAGCAACAGCAGCAGCAGCAGCAUAUGGGGGUCAACCAUGGCAGGCAUCUUACACCAGAGCAGCAGCAUCUUGUCUAUCAGAUGAUGCAUUCCUCCUCCUCGUCGUCCUCCUCCAAGUCUCAUCAUCAUCACCACCACCACCAGGGAGGAGGGGGCGGGGGCGGGGCUUCUCAGCGCCACCAGGGCACCCCUUCUUCCGCCCCUCCUCCUCCAGCCAGCUCUUCUGCUCCCCCUAAUGGGGACGUGGUGGCUAGGGGUCACGCUCCGACCCUGUCUAAGGCAUCUACUGCAGGGAGAGCAGACAGGAGACCAGGGAGUAACAACGCCAAGGAUAAGACCUAGCUGUCAGGCCUGAAGUCAACCCUAUCAAUUCACCUUGGUCCUCUACCCCCCUCCCCUCCCCCUCCUCGGCGUCACCACCGGCACCACCCCUCGCCCCCUGCCAUAGUCUUUUGAAAGGGUCAGUUUUGACAUGCACACACAAGUGCAGUCAUAGGUUAAAUCAUGUAGCUCUGAAUAGCUCCCUCCCAUGUACAAUUUCUACAGGAGGGAACUAUUUGAAGCUCCAUGAAACCACUGACCAAUCAGGGGCAGCUUCCGCUGAUGCAACUAUCUCUCUCAGCGAGCUAUGGUCCCUCGUCGCAUCAUCCUUUAGGGCCCUGACUGAAGCAGCAGCAACCCCAGCAGGCCAAGACUGGUAACAUAUUAUAUCUUCCUGACUUCUCUGUCUGUGUUUGUGUACCCACCAGCCAGUAUUAGUAAAGAUGCAACAAGAACAGUCUAGAGUGUCUUGGCAGCCUCUGCAGAGCAAACUAGAUCCCAGUAAAUGUUCUAAAACUUGAUGAAAUUUGAAUAAUCUUAAUGAGAAUGGAUUAAUUAUAUUUUUUUGUUUAAAAAAAAACAGAAAUUGAGAAGACUUGACAAUCAUAUAAAUGUAUUUCAUGACACUGAACAUUGAACUGUGCAAUGAUCUUUAAUAUUACACAUUAUCAAGAAAGUUGUUAUAAAAGGUUUUGAUCCUUAUCUGUAUUCCAGUUUAAAAGAAUCACAGUAGAUCCAUUGAUCCAUAGAAUCUGUGCUUGCAAGAUGUGAAUUUUCAGAAAGAUAAAUUGCUAGGUAAUUGGUUCUCUUAAAUUUGCAAUAAUAGUGACCUGUUCAUAAUAUAGUAAAUCGUGAUUUAAAAAUAAAUAAAUUGUAAGACAAAAUAACUUCUGUAGCUGACCAUGGCACCAAGGGGACACCAUUAUUCUGCAUGCCCCAAUUUAUUAAAUUUAAUUAAGUUUUCAAAAAAAUUUCUACAUCUCUGUGUGAAACAUCUGCAGUAAUAAUACAAGUCACUCUUUUUAAUCUAAAACAAGAAAUGGGUUUGGUGUAGUAUCAUGAUCUUGGGCCUGUCAGACACUUCAUACCAAGAUUCAAUACUUGCAUCUCUGGCUGAAAAGGUGAAAGUGGUCCGCCUUAUUCCUGAGGCAAGCCAGUAAAGUUUGACGCUUUGAAAGUCGAUCCUUUAAAGCGGGACUGCACUACUUCUAGCUACUUGCGCCCUCUGUACAGCCAACAAUGCCUAAGCGGUACCCGUUGAUCCCCCAUGGUUCCCUUUUUCUUAUGUCAAUUGAGAGCUGAUUUGAUGAGAUAACCACCUGUAACUAGUGCAGAUAGGCUUUAAUGGUGAGACGUUUUAAUGUCAUUCAUUUGAAGGUUAUUCUCUUGAAAUUCAAUACUUUGAAGGUUGUUCCUAUGAAGCUGAAAGCCUUGAAAAUCAAACAUUUGAAGAUCAAACUUUGAAGGUCAACUCUACAAAGUUAGACCCUAGGAGGUAUAACCCUUGAAAGUCAAACAUUUGAAGGUCAUUCCUUUGAAGGUGAAACCGUGUGAUUGCUAAUCAUAAAAUAAAAGGUCAUGAAUUAAUUUCUUUAAGAAUCCUUAAGAAUUGAUACAUAAAUUGAAUGCUACAAUGUUUAUACCUUGUCAUGCCAAAGAAAGAAAAUUGAUAUUGAAAGCUAAAAAAGUUACUUAUACAUGCUGUUUUCCUUUUCUUUUUUGAAUCGCUUAAACUAGAGCAUGCCAUAUCAGCCCAUUUACUUUCAAUAGAGCUUUUUGCCGUGGCCAAUUCAAUGCAGUCUUGCAGAUUCUUUAGAUAACAAAAUAUAAUUUCAUUUCCAGUGAAAGUUGGAGACCUUAUUAAUGCUCUAAGUUUUGUGAUAUACAAUUAAUAUUGAAAGUUUUUAUGAAACUGGACUGGGGAAUUCAUUUUUUUUAUUACUACAUGUACAUCAGUGAGUAUUUUAGUAGCGUAAGCAUGCUUGCAACAGUUUAUCAUAUACAUAUGAAUGUGUACAGUUGGGGAAAGAUUUUUCCAACUGAUUAUGUUUUAAAUGAGAAAUAUUUAGGCUUUGCAUCGUUCUUUAUUUCCCCCAUUUUGCCAUGUACAUACUGUUUUAUAUUGAAUGUUGAAAUAGUAUUGAAACUUUUUUUACUAUUACCUCAUAAAACAUGUGCAUAUUGUACAGUAU